GUAAGAGCUGUUCGGCAGUGGAAUUUGCUGCCAAGGAGUGUGGUGGAGUCUCCUUCUUUGGAGGUCUUUAAGCAGAGGCUUGACAGCCAUAUGUCAAGAAUGCUUUGAUGGUGUUUCCUGCUUGGCAGGGGGUUGGACUGGAUGGCCCUUGUGGUCUCUUCCAACUCUAUGAUUCUAUGAUUCUAUUCUAUGAUUCUAUGACUCUGGAACAAAAUAUAUGUGUGCUGCCAUAAUACUAAGGGAUGAGCAAUACCAGAAGCAGGUGACGUUGCUCUCAGACAGUGCGUGGAAGCAAAGAGCUGGCCAAGCCCUUCCCGGGUGCCACGGCCUGUGCCCUGCUUGGACAAGUGCCCAGGGGAACUUCAGGGUGCCAGCCAAGUAGGUGAAGUUUGGUAAAGCAUUAAUGGACGUGUCCAGGUCCCUGGCUGUGUCAUCAUCGCCUUCUCUUGUUGCCGCAAUGAAUCACACAGCACUCUCGUUCCUUCCAGAAAUGUGUCUGCCGUCCCCCAGCGGGGGUGCCUCCGAUUGGCCUAAUUACUUCCUGCCGUUGGGACAGGGAAGAAAAGGGUUAAAAGGGGGUAACAGGAUCAGUUGAAGAAAUUUGGGCACCAGAGGCGAUCUCCAAAAUGGCACGUCCUCCCACCAGGGAAGAUGGGAGGUGAUGUAUGGAAGUGAGAGCUGGACCAUAAAGAAGGCUGAUCGCCGAAGAAUUGAUGCUUUUGAAUUAUGGUGCUGGAGGAGACUCUUGAGAGUCCCAUGGACUGCUAGAAGAUCAAACCUAUCCAUUCUUAAGGAAAUCAGCCCUGAGUGCUCCCUGGAAGGACAGAUCGUGAAGCUGAGGCUCCAAUACUUUGGCCACCUCAUGAGAAGAGAAGAAUCCUUGGAAAAGACCCUGAUGUUGGGAAAGAUUGAGGGCACUAGGAGAAGGGGACGACAGAGGACAAGAUGGCUGGACAGUGUUCUCGAAGCUACGAACAUGAGUUUGACCAAACUGCGGGAGGCAGUGCAAGACAGGAGUGCCUGGCGUGCUAUGGUCCAUGGGGUCACGAAGAGUCGGACACGACUAAACGACUAAACAACAACAAUUUUCAGAGUUUAAUGCAGGAUGUGGAUGUCUUCAAAGUGUGAAAAGCCAGCUAUGCUGUGUUUUUGGGGGAGGCUUUCCUGCGCAUUUCUGCAGAGUGGGGCCCUUGACCUGUGCCCCAAAGUCCUCCCUCGAGUGCGCCACUUGGACAGGGGUGCAAUGCUCCCCUCAUGCCCUUAUGAAUUUCCCAGAGGCAUCCAGUUCACCAUUGCCGGAUGCUGGCCAAAGAGAACACCUUCUGAUCUACCAUUUAAAGAUCUGAUCCUUAACAUUUUCUUAUAUUUGCAUUAGAGAAGGCAGGGUUUGCUACCUUUGCGGGGUGUGGCUAUGUUCAAGAGGUGCUCUCCUCACCUGCUGGCAUCUCGUUUCCAGGUGAAACCAGCCUUGCCUCUCCACCGGAAAGUUUGCUAUGCGCUUGGAGGCGCCCCCUACCAGCUCACAGGAAACGCAGUCGGGUUUUUCCUCCAGAUCUUCUUGCUGGAUGUCGUGCAGCUGGAGCCUUUCCAUGCUUCGCUGAUCCUUUUCCUGGGGAAAGCCUGGGAUGCUGUGGCUGACCCCGCCGUCGGAUUCCUGGUCAGCAGAAGCCCCCGCCGGAGGUGGGGCAAACUGAUCCCCUGGGCCGUCUUCUCCACGCCAUUCGGGGUUUUCUUCUACACUAUGCUCUGGUUCGUCCCCUCAGAUUCCCUCUCUGUGUCACUGAAGUUCUUUUGGUAUUUGGUCAUGUACUGCCUCUUCCAGACCUGCAUGAGUUGCUACCACGUCCCUUAUUCCUCGCUGACCAUGUUCCUAGGAGGGAGUCAGAUGGACCGCGACUCUGCGACCGCCUACAGGAUGGGAGUGGAGAUGUUGAGCACCCUGGUGGGAUCGGGUGUCCAGGGACAAAUCGUCGGGAGUCACCACGCCAGCAUGAGGAAGAGGUGCGAUGUGGCUAAUGGCACCCUGGCAGACAACAGCUCUCUGCUUCCGGACGUGCUGGAGAAUACGCGCACGGCGUAUGUUGUCGCCUCCCUAGUGCUGGGCUCCCUUUAUUUCCUUUCCUGCUUGGUCCUCUUCUUGGGAGUGAAAGAGCAGCCAGGACGCUACACCCCUUUGGGGAAGACCAGACUCCCCUUCUUUGCCAGUCUGCGGGCUGUCCUAAGCCAUAGCUCAUACAACCGGCUCCUUGGAGGUUUCUUGUUGGCAUCGCUGGCCUUCCAGCUUGCCCAGGGAAUCUUUGCCUUCUUCUGCACUCACGCAGCUGGACUGCCUGGGAGCUUCCAACAUCUGGUGCUCAUCAUGCUGGUGGUCGCCUGCCUCUCCAUCCCUUUCUGGCAGUGGUUUCUGGUAAGGUUUGGGAAGAAGAUGGCUGUCUUCAUAGGCCUCUCGCUGAUCAUCCCGUCUCUCAUUGUUAUCACGGUUGUGACCCACAACUUCCUGGUCUACGUCUUCAUGGUCGCCCUGGCAGGAAGCAGCCUCGCCGUCCUCUACUUGUUGCCAUGGUCCAUGCUUCCAGACUCAGUGGACGAUUUCAAGCUGCAGAACCCCACCUGCCUCAACCUGGAAGCUUUCUUCUACUCGUUCUAUGUUUUCUUCAACAAGCUCGCAGGUGGCCUCUCCCUUGGCAUUUCCACCAUGAGUUUGCAUUUUGCAGGUUACAGAGCCACGGACUGCACACAUAACCCCCAGGUUAUCCUGACGCUGCAAAUUCUCAUGGCACCUGUUCCCAUUGCCCUGCUGCUCUCUUCCAUGGCCGUCUUCUACUCCUACCCCAUCGACGAGAAGCGGAGGAAGCAGAUCAGAGUGGAAAUGGAGGUGACUGGGCAUCAGGGUCAGACAGAACGCCCAGAAUCGGAGGCAAGUUAGUCUCUGGAGGGAAUUAAUUCACUCCCGGCCGUGAAGAAGAAGUCAUGACUACUUGCGGGAAAGUUGCUGAUGCGUCUUGCCUCCAGUUGCAACACUACAAAGGGCAGGUCUCUGGCUUCUUCCUUUUUUUUCAUCCAGGAGCAGCAGUGAAGACAUCUCGGGUGCUUGCGCAAGAUGCCAAAGAAAUUAACUCCACAGAGCUCAACAUUUUUACAACAAUCUCCUGCCCAGGGACAAAUCCCCGAGGAUGUGCUGAGGAUGGAACAAGCAGAGGCUUCGCUUUAAAAACUAGAACGAACUUCUUUCUCAGGGGAGCUGGUGGUUCUAGAACUGCAGGAACUUUUAAUGUACAUUUAUGUAACAAAUAUAUCUCUUGCCUCGGAAAGAGAAUGAAUUGUGCUACGAUUCAGUGACUCGUCUUCUGCACUUAUAUGAUUGAUGUAAGCUCCUCACAUAUGAGUAAGGAAACUAGGCCAAAUGCAUAUUCAAUUUCAGGACAUUUUAGGGAACUGGAACUCAGCUGCCCCGAGGAUGACCCCGGGCAGCUGCUCUCAAUAUCAUUAUGGGUCUCUCUCAACCUCAGUAGUUUUCCACAGGUAUUUUGGCCUUCUGCAAUCUCCAGAACAAAAAGCUAUCUUAUUUGCAAGCUGAACUGGGACCUCUAUGCAUUUAUCUGUACGGUGGCAUCCAUUUGAUGCCUCCCCAUGACAAGAAGAAUGCUUGUUUAGCUCAGUCUGGAGAGGCAGAGAGGGUAUGUUCUUAGUGGUAGAGCACAUGCCGUGAAUAUUGAAGGUCUCAGGUUCCACCAUCAGUGUCUUGAGUUAAAAGAUCUCAGGUUAGGAGGGCUGAGGAGCUGCUUGGAGAGCUGCUCUGCCAGUCAGAGUAGAUCAUCCUGAGCUAGAAGGAUCUGUGACCAGAGGGAAGUAAGAUGGGACUCACCCAGCUGGCCUGGCAUGAGUUGACCUUUCUCCAGGUCCUGGCUGGGACCUACCAUGACGUUAUUCUGAUAGGCUAUUAGCACAAGGUUACCAGACGUCCCCGUUUCCCGGGGACAGUCCCCGGAUUUGCAAAUCUAUCCCUGGAAAAAUUCUGUCCCCGGAUUUCAUUAAAUGUCCCCGGGAAAUGUGACACCCUGCUUUCCUGGAGUAAUAUGCAGCUGGGGGGGGGGUUGAAGAGUGCGAAAGAAGGGCUUUGCACCUUGCCCGGCAGAGAAACUGCGCCCCUUGCGUCCCUCCCGGGCAAUGGCACACUGCCUGCCUGUGUUUCCCAAGCCUCCCCUGAUCUCCUGCCCCCUUCCCCCUUCAUUUUGAGACAUCGUGGGUGGGCAGCCAUUGCCCAGGAGGGGCGCAAGGUGUGCGUUUUCUCUUCUGGGCAAGGCGCGGAGGGGUGAGAUGACUUCAGUCCCCUCGGCCAACUGGAGCAGUAGCAGAGCUGGCGCGGAGCUGGCAGCUGAGCGUGAACGAGAGCAUGUCCCUGACCGCUGGGAAUGGCAGAAGUCGAACUGGAGCAGGGAACCCUUAUGUUCUUUUAAGUUGAGGCUGCUUGAGUUGAAGUGCCUCCAUUGCAGGGGGGUUGGCCUAUAUGCCCUAAGGGGUCCUUUCCAAAUCUGUGAUCAUCCCACAGUCGUAUUCUCAAACUCUGCUUCCAACUCCACCCCCCAGGUUUCUCUGCUCCUCCGGACUUCUCAAGACAGCAAAACAGCUAUAAUAAUAAUAAUAAUAAUAAUAAUAAUAAUAAUAAUAAUAUAUAUUAUUUAUACUCCGCCCAUCUGGCCGCGUUUCCCCAGCCACUCUGGACGGCUUCCAACAAAACACUAAAAUACAGAAAUCCAUCAAACAUUAAAAGCUUCCCUAAACAGGGCUGCCUUGAGAUGCCUUCUAAAGGUCUGGUAAUUGUUGUUCUCUUUGACCUCUAGUGGGAGGGCAUUCCACAGGGUGGGUGCCACUACCGAGAAGGCCCUCUGCCUGGUUCCCUGUAACUUGGCUUCUCGUAGCGAGGGAACCGCCAGAAGGCCCUCGGAGCUGGACCUCAGUGUCCGGGCAGAACGAUGGGGGUGGAGACGCUCCUUCAGGUAUACCUGAUGUGUAGAUGUAAUUAGGAAUAAUAAAGCAUGUAAAUUUUUUUUUUAAGUGUCCCCGGAUUCAUUGGAAAAAAUCUGGUAACCAUACAUUAGCAUUAUGGGAAGCGCCCCAGGACAAGGCAAGCACAGAAUUGAACAUGCUAGUGAGACCUCCCUGACCCAGGCCAAUCCUUAGCUUCCAACCUCCCCUUGCCUGGCUACGAAAUAGCCUCGUAGUUUCCACUUUCCUGGUUACGGGAAUCGCCUCCCUCUGAGGGGAGACAAGCCUUUGGUGGACACCUGCACCCAACCUGGUCCCAGCUCCUGAGGACAUGAUGCCUGCCUGUUUGUGAGGCUACGGAUGCCAACAUCCUUUGAGCCAUUUAGCAACGGCAUCUUGUGGUCUGGUCUAUUUCAGUAUGUGCUAAUGUGGUUGCCAUGCACACUGAUGGCUUUUAUCUGUGUUUUUAACUAGACUGAGUCGUUAGUGAUUUGCCUGUUUAUUGCACUGAGCCAGUGCAACAAUACCGUAGGUGCUUUGUGAAUCACGCUGUGGAGCCAGGUUGACAUUUCAGAAAUAAGAUUCCUUUUUAAAAAUAAUAACAAUUAAUUGGGGUGUUCUUUUUCCAGGGGGAGGUCAGCUUCAGCUGACCAUGUCUCAGUCGCAGAAGCUUUAUUCUUCCAGUGCAAAUGGCAUUCCCCUUCGUGCCACUCAGUGCUAUGAGACUGGGAUCAGGGGGUCAGAGGUUGUGACUUAUUAAGGCAGGCCUGAGAUUUCCCCCCACUGGAAUCCUACCGCCAGGAAGAUAGAAGACAGAGAACACCAAAAUGUUGCAAAGCUUAAUGCGGCAUUUGGAUUCUCUCUCAAAAACAUAGACAGUUGCUGCAGCGUAUUGGGUUCAAAGAGACCUUCAUUCAACAUACACACCCAUGCUAUUAGACAAGCCGCUCUCCUCUAUUAUUAUUUUUUUCAAAAAAAAUGAUUGCUUUUAUGAAGACAAAUAUAUAAACAACAAAUAACACACACACACACACAAGAAAACACAACAUUACAAACAAAAACAAGAACAUAUAAAAGAAAAUAUACGUUUCACAAUUUUUCAUCCUUUCUAAUCAUUUUGGGGUGACUUCCCCAUAUCCACCCAUACUGCAUUUCACUGUAUUUCAACUUUAGCAAUUUAUAUUUCCUAACUUUUUAAACAUAUUUUAUAUUUAUCUAUACUUAUUUUAAAUCUAACCAUUAACUAUCAUUCUUUCAUAUUAUCCUUAAUCUUAAAAUAAUCUGUAAAACUACAACAUUAUACGCAUUUCCAAAUCCAUUUCAAACUAGCUACAGUAAUAUUGCAAUAUUUCUUCAAAUAAUCUUUAAAUUUCUUCCACUCUUCUUCCACCGACUUUUCUCCCUGGUCUCCCGGUCAGUUCAGCUAAUUCCAUAUAGUCCAUGAAUGAAAAUGACAAGCCACUCUCCUCUAGACACUUCAUCUGCAAUAUGGGGCUAGCUAUACUGACCCACCUUACAGAGUUGUUGUAAGGGUCAGAGUGUACGUGAAAUGGUUUGAAAACUCUAAAAGAGCUACGCAGAUGUGAUCUCUUUUUAUUACGGUCACAGCUAUGCCCAGAUUCCCGCCAGAUUCAGCCCUGCUACAUGCAAUGCUUCUCUGAUCCUGGGGAAAUAGAAGCCGUUGCGCUGCUGCUUUUGCUGAAAAGCAGCUGAUUUCUCGUCUGCAACCCAAGGCCAGAAACGCACUUCAGGAGUGGGCUGCUGCGUACAGCGUGUUCCUUUUCUGCCCCUGCCACUUCAUUCCCAUUAUAUUCUGGGUUGCUCCCUCCUCCUUCCAAAAGGCGGUGGCUUUGCGGUGCCAGGGAAAUCAAAAGCUGCUGUUAUCCCAUCCUACUAAAAGCUUCACAAUUGGUGUGAUUUGUAUUCAGGUAUUCUUGUAACUUGCAUGUUACACCGUGUGGGCUGGAAGAGUAACGAGCAUCAAGCUGUGCUUUAUACUUUGGAGUUUGACUGAAUAUUUGCAUUUUCCAAUGCUGACAUCUCUCGAGUUGUUUCGUUUCAACUGACAAAAGCUGCCUGUAUUUUGUAUUUUGUAUGCUUUGACAACCAAUACAGAGGUUUCAGUUUCCCCCCUUCUCAUGCA